UAUUGCUUGUGCUUUAGGUUUCAUAUAUAAAAAACUACUGCCUUUCCUCAUGGCCUGUCCUGUGGAUUUUGGACCUGUACAGCCAGUCCCCACAAUCCAAGCUAACCUCUUAAUACAAGGAUCUCAUACUAUAAAACGGAGUGCCUGAUAUUCCUACCACCUCCAUCUGCUUCUCUGAUGGCAUAGGUUUCAAGAAGAAGAAACUGUUAAUUGCGGCAGCCAUGGCGGGCCAAGAGGAUCCGGUACAGCGGGAGAUUCACCAGGACUGGGUGAACCGGAAGUACAUUGAGGUCAUCACCAGCAGCAUCAAGAAAAUGGCGGACUUUCUCAACUCGUUCGAUAUGCCUUGUCAUUCAAGACUUUCAACACUAAACGAGAAAUUGACAGCCCUCGAACCGAGAAUAGAGUACAUUGAAGCACAGGUGACAAAAGUGAUUUUCCUUUACAUUACUCAAAUCAGUGGAACUGGGCAAUUGCAGCGGAUACAAGUAUUAACUCCUCUUGGUGCUGGAGACCUCCAAAUCUAACAGGAAAGAAAAGGAGUGGACAUCGAGGUGGACUGCUUCUGCCCAAGAUGAUGCAACAAGCCUUCAUGCUUUAAACAUGAAAGCCUUUCUCCUUCUUUUUCUUCCCUUUACUCUGGCAUUGGCCUAUAAAGAUAACACCCUCACCUUCUCUCCCAGGUCAUUACUAAUAGAUGCUGACUUUUAGAAUUUAGAAAAACCUAUUAUUUCAGGUUAGGAGAAAAAUCUAAUUCUGCCCCUAACUUUUCAAAAGCAAAAUAAGAGAUCUCAUUAGUCAACUCCCCUCCCUGAAUCUACACUGUUGAGCUAGAAAGGACCUAACAGGAGGUGUUCAUGAUUUAGGAUUCACUCCUUUGGCAAGUCCCUACAUCCCUGGUUAGGGAUAAAUAUAAUUAAGGCUAUAAUCAACAACAUCUCUUUAUGUCUUGAAAUUAUGGAAGAAUCUGCUGCUAAGGCAAUAAUAGUCUGAAAAAGAUCCUUAGACUCUCUGGCCAAACUUGUUCUGGGUAAUCAGAAAGCCCCUGAUUAUCCUUUAGCCGAGCAAGGAGAUGUCUCUACAACAACUAACACCUUUUACAGUACACGGAUAAAUACUUCACAACAUGUGGAAUUAGAAACCACUUAGCUACUUACAUUGUCCAGGACCCUACAGGGACAUUCAAAUUUUUCCCCAGGAUGGUUUAACUUUAUAUUUUAUGAUACUUUUAGUUGACUUCCUUUGGGGCUUGGAGCUCUUUUGUGUUUGGGUUUCUAAGUCAUAGUAUUAGUCAUUAUCCUAACGUGUAUCUUUAUUGUUAUAUUUAAACUGUUUGUAAUAUAUAUUUCCCCAUGUUGUUCAGAGACUGAAAAGUACUCAUCAGCCCUACACUUUGACAACAGAAAAUGACACUUCAAUUGAUGUAGCCUAAAGUCCCUUUCCCUAAAAUGUUUCCUUGCCACUCGAAUGUGGUCCAGACUUAAAGAUAUAUGAGGAUAAGAGACUUCCCACUCUGAGGUACAUUAUGGACCCAGAGCAGGUACUAACCACUCUGGCAACACAAUGGGGCCAACACCAAAGGACUGACCAUUGAUGCUUUCUUAUUAAGAAAGAUCUUGAUCAAAGGGAGAAAAUGUAAAAAGAGAUUUCAAAAUGGAACAAGCAAGUCUCGCUAAGAGAGUCUCUUUUAAAAUAGGGUCAGGAGCACAUAAGUGAGGAAGAAGUAAUGCAUGGCUUUAUCAAAGGAACCAUGAACUGUUUGCCAACCACAAGCCCUCAAUCUGGAAUUAACUCCUUCCUCACCAUGACACCUGAAUUAUUCCUAUUCUUCACCUUGAAAGGAGCCAACACAAUUUGACAAAUUUCAAUCUAUUUGCAUAUUAAUUCAACCAAUCCCAGUUGACCCAGUUUUAAUUCUCAUUUUGCAUAACAGACCUGACUGAGAACUACUCUUGUAAACUUUCACUUUUAUAAACCUGCCCUCUCUUUGUUUUCUUCAGAACAAAAUUUAGGUUUCAACCUGCAUCUGUGUUUCCUGAAUUGCAAUUCUAAUUGCCCAAAUAAAUGCCUGUCUGCUUAAA